UCGACGCGCACGUUUUCUCCAAACGCAGGCGCGCGUCGGCAUCAGCUCUCUCUCGAGAGUCAAGUCAGUUCGCCGCGGCAUCUCAAAGGCGCAGCAUCGAUUCCUCCCGCUAUAUAACUCCGCGCAGCUGCUCCCUUCCGACCAGUUGUUGCUUUCACGUGGAUGUGUCUCGGACAUCUAUGAUACUUGUGCGCUCUUUUCAUUCUCUUUCUUCUUCGGCCGAAGCCGUAUUACAAUAGUUUUUGUGACUGUGAUUGAGGAUUUAUCGCUUAGAUAUACUCAGCGAUGGAGAAUUUGUCGACGAAAAUUACGGACGAGGUAACGUGGUCGACGACCGAGAUGCCUCUGACGCCGGAGGAGGAGGACACGAUAGUGACGUUAGUCGUCGUAGUUGUUGGAGUUUUGGCUGCGAUUAUCCUGCUCUUCUCUAUGGGCCUCUUCAUUGACUGCAGAACACAAAAAACCAUCAACGGCACCGGCAAACGCAAGCGUCUCCGUCUGAAGAUGCCACCCUUGGGCCGAGCCCGACUCCAGCAGCACCAACAGCAACGUCGCGAGGACUCCAAGUGUCUCGCCACGGACAUGUGCCCGAACGGCGCGAGCGAAUACGCAGCCACCAGCCAACAACCCGAAGCCAUAGUCUGAUGGGAAACACACGUGCCCAGAGGCACGUAGUCGUCCGCUGCACCUGAUGAUGAUGAUGAUGAUGAUGAUGACUGUGACGUCAAGCGGAAGGGCCUACGUGCGCCGCAACACACACCCCCGUGACGUCACGAGAAAGGAGGAGCUAGUCUUCUUUUCUCGAGAGACGUGCGCUGUUUUAUUCAUCGGUGGGACGAUAGAUACAUGUGUGCGGGUGCGGAUUUUUAUUUUUGUCGAUGAGAGAGUAUUUAGUAGCUGAUGCACUGAUUGAGGUAGAGUUACUCGAUGUGCUCGCUUUUUGUCAAUGUGUGGAUGUUGCGAGGACUUUACGCAACUCCGUUUCGCGAAGCCCUGAGCAUUGAAGUGUUGAAUUGUCGAUACUUCAAAGACCGAUCGGUACUACGUAACGCCCGUUAACUUGAAAAUUCGUAUCACUGCAAUCACAUACGAAAUUGUAACAUUUUGCAUAAUCGUGUUUAUUCGGUUGGAAAUAUUUCCCGUUGGCGCAGUCACUGCUUUGCGAGUGUCGAAUGAAUGAAAGCGGAUGCUUGCAGUAUGAUGCAAAUAUCGCCGUGAUAUAUGUAUACGUCUACAACGUGCAAUCGGAGAGAUUGCGAGGAUUACACGAGAGAAAGAAGAUUUUACACAUAUAGAGAGACUGCAGCCUAUUAUACAAGCUCUGGAUGAUUUUUACGCCGAUCGACUGGUGCGUGCGUGUUUUUUUUUUAAGGAGAUAUUUUAAGUCACAUAUCUAUGCAUUAAAUUAUUUUUUACCUCUAUACAUUUAUACUUUAAUAACGAAUUAUAGUCCAGUAUUAUAAGUCUAAGCGAGGAUUCACCGUUGUCAUCGCAGCGUCGCUGAAGAACAAAGCGCAACGUGCGUUAACGGGAUGAUUGAUAAUGUAUGCUAUGCUGAAUGCAUUGCGCGUGCCAAAUGUAGAUGAGAUACGUGCUUAUGAUUGGAAGGUAUAUGCUUUUUGGUCACGCAAUCGUAUCUUGUGGGAGCUUGCGUCGAAAAAUUGGUUCGUAUUUUCGUUACAAUGAAGAUCAUGCUUAGGCUAGCGUUGUGUCAAAUGCGCGAGAAAAUUAUUUUUACAAAGCGACUUAUUCAUAUUUUGUAAAUAAAGUAAUGAUUUCUAUUCGCGUAAGCGGUUAGAGUAAAUUUGUUAUCAUUCCAGAAAGAAGCGCUGAACUUAUACACAUAUCACAAUGCUGAACUACUUAAGAAAAUAUAUGCCGUUUUAUCUGCAUAUUAUGUAUGCGCGAACCGGAAGAUAUUUGUUACACAUUACGUGCCUUUCUCUGUAAAGUUAAAAUUAGUUUUAUUCUCAUUUACUGUAUGUAUAUGAUUAAUGUUGUGCACACUGUAAUAACUGGAAUCUCAUAUGUUCGACGUUGAAAACUAAUGAUAACGAUAAUAAUAACAAUAAUAAAAACAGAUGCAUUCUGCCUA